UGAUGAGACCAAUAGUGUUGCUGCUUGGGCAGAGAUCAUAGAGCUUGGAUUAGUAAGGGCAGACAAAGGUUAGCGGCUUUCUUUUCUUUACCGCUCAUAGUCGCUCGUCUUCUUCAACAGAUUCCCUGUGAAAUCUCCCUCCCACCGGGGAGCACUCAACAGUGAACACCUUCACUUCUUCCUUAUUAUCCUUUCUCUGCUGCUGCUGCUGCUUAUUCGUCUGAAGAUUGAUUCCAAACCACCACAUUUUGUUCUUUGAACGGAUACACUUCUGCUCUGGUGCCAUCAUCUAUCUUAUUGUUCGUCUGAAGGUUAAUUUAUUAUUUUGUUUUAUUUCUCAGUAGAAAUUCAUAAAGGCAAUUCUAAUGGAAGCUGGAUCUCUUCAAAAUCCUACGAAUGCCCCCAAGAAGAUGAGAUUUGCUCCGAAAAUUCCUCCACGCAAAGUACCAAAGGCGGCCGUACCCAAAGCUGAGCAAGUUGAAGAUGCUGAUGCCGUGCAGGCCAAUGAUCUGUUGCGACGUUUCAAGGAGGGUUCGUCAAUGGGAAAGCCAAAAAUUGAAAAGAAAGCUACGCCUUCCCAAGUUGCCUUUGGAUAUGGAGGUCAAUCAACUUUCAUAAAAUCAUAUGGUGCCCCCAAGGGUGGCAGCCAUAAUAACAGAUACCAAGGCCCAACUUCUGAUGGUGGUAGUAUCGACAACUUGGGCUUACGGGAGGAUAAAGAAUACAAAGAACCAUGGGAUUAUUACAGUUAUUAUCCUGUAACUCUUCCUUUAAGAAGGCCAUAUUCGGGAAAUCCAGAACUUCUAGAUGAGGAGGAAUUUGCAGAGGUUUCAGAAAGCACUGCUUAUGAUGAAAAUUUGAUAAAGCCAGCAAUAGAGCUUGGGCUAAUGGAAGAGGACCUGGAACCAGGAAUGUUCUUUCUUCAGUUGCCUGAAUCUAUGCCUGUGAAAAAGCGAUCAGCUAGUGCAGAGGGGCAGGAUACAACUGGCAGCUUGAAGCAACCAAGUGGUGCGGGCAACCUACAGAAAACCUGCAGUCUGGAUGAUUUGCCAGGAGGUUUCAUGGGUAAGAUGCUUGUGUACAGAAGUGGUGCAGUCAAGCUUAAGCUUGGGGAUACCCUUUAUGAUGUUUCCUCAGGUUUGGAUUGUGUAUUUGCCCAAGAUGUUGUAGCUAUUAAUACAGAACAGAAGCAUUGUUGUUCAAUAGGCGAGCUGAACAAGCGUGUCAUUUUGGUCCCAGAUGUAGACUCCAUUAUAAGCAGAAUGGCUGAUUUAGUGUAGGUUUGUCCCUUUGCUGAAAAAUUUUGAUUUAUACAUGGAUAAAUAUGAUAUUUAAGAGAAUGCAUAGUGGAUUAGCUUGCAUCCUUUGAAAUUCUUGCAAAAAUUACAGAAGAAAGGUGAUAAGCUGCAAGAGAGUAGCACAUUAUAUGAAUGGAAAGAGAAGGAAGGCAAAUAUACUUUUUAUGUUUCUAAGGGAUUAUCUCAUUUACCCUUUUCACAAUUGGAUGAAGUUAAGAGCUUAUUGGUAA